AUGAUUUCAGAAAAGCAAAGAAAUGCAGUAAGUCCGUGGAGUCAGCAAUCUGGGCUGAGAGUCCCUGGUAAGAAAGCUGCCAAGAAUGUGGUGGCAGCAGUCCCCACAGGCUCCCGCUGUCUUCAUCGGCCCAGGAGCCCUGGGCUCCAGAUGAAAGUGAUUCCUGAUCAGUCUUACUCUUGGCUAUCAAUGAUUAUCCAUAGUUCGGUAGCGGAAAACAAAGGAAUCUAUAAUAAGCAGAUUUCUUAUUAUUUUAACCAUUUGGAUAUAAUUGGAAGCGUGAUAAUUGUUAGGACUGGAAUGAUAACUAUGGAUACCCAGCCACUUGUUCCAUAUUGGGAUCUUUUUAAUCAAGCUCUGCCUCUUAACCAUGAACCUAAUAUUCCCUCUUUGUGA